AUGUCUCUCCCUUUACAAAUCCCAGAAACGCUUGCCCAGAUUCCACGCUACAAGAUAUUGUAUCCUACACCAUCCCCGAUUCACCCACUGCCCUCAAUUGCACCGACCAGAGUCUCCCCGCAUCAACCCCUCAUCUCCGUGUACGCCAAACGCGAAGACCACUCAUCACCUUUAGCCUGCUCGGGCAAUAAAUAUCGCAAGUUAGAAUACAUUGUACCGGACAUUCUCUCUCAAGCACCGGUCUACCAUUACCAUGAGAACAACCCAAGCCCACCAGGCCCACUCAGCGGCCCUGCGACGACCCUCGUAACAGAGGGUGCAAUCCAAAGCAACCACACCGUACAGGUGGCCGCACUCGCCCGCAAACUUGGUCUUAAUGCGGUGAUUCUUCUACAUCGUGGGACGGGCGGUGGUCUCCAGGCAGCAAGCGAUAAGGAAUCCUUCCAGCGCAGCGGAAACGUGCAGAUCAACCAUCUUCUGGGUGCCGGGGUGCGCAUUUGCGAAAAAGGUGAUCCGCUAGGGCAUGACGCAACACCUCUUCUUGAUGAGCUUCGGGCCAGUGGUCAGACCCCAUAUUGGAUCCCUGGCGGUGCGAGUCUCCAUUCACUGGGCGGGCUAGGGUACGCGAGGGCUGCAUUUGAGAUUGCUGCGCAAGAGAAGGAAUUGGGUCUUGGUGGGUCAGGCCAGUUUGACUAUGUCUUUGUGGCAUGCGGAAGUGGCAGUACGGUUGGCGGGCUGGUGGCUGGGUUCAAGCUGCGAGAGAAGCUGGGUGAGAGGCCGAGGAAGGUCAUUGGAGUUUUGAAUUCGCCCACUCAACCCCGAGGGUAUCAUGAAGAGAGAGUGCUUAGGUUUGCAAGGACGGCCGGUCGCCUUAUUGGACUUGAUGAGGGAGACAUCGCUCUUGAGGAUGUGCGGCUAGAUAAUCGGUUUGUCGGAACUGCAUAUGGUGUACUGGAUGAUCAAAGUAAAGACACUUUGGAAACCAUGGCGCGGAGCGAGGGAAUGGUUUUGGAUCCAGUGUAUACCUCCAAAGUCGCCAGGGGCAUGAUCCACUGGGUAAAAGAAGGAGAGGUCGCGGAAUCGGGAUUGGAUGAGGUCAAUGUGCUUUUUAUCCAUACAGGGGGGCAGGCUGCUCUUGGAGCAUAUGCGGAUGUCAGUUAA